AUGAGUAAUGAGCUGGGAAGGAAGAAUGAAGAUAUCCCUCAGCAAGAAAUACUCAGCAAGGCAGAUCAACUGACAGGAGGGACCUCAGAGGAGAACUUGGUUGAAGGAGGGAACAAACUAACUGGGACAAUACCGAAAUGUUCUACAAUAGAAGCAAAGGAACAACUUCAGGCAUUGAAUACAUCCAAAAACCUGUUGCCUCCCGGAAAACCACAAGGAGGUGACAGAAGCCACCAUUGUGCCGAAUGUGGCAAAAGCUUCAGCCAAAAAUCCAACCUUCUGCGGCACCAGAGGCUCCACCUGGAUGAGAGGCCCCACAAGUGUGAUGAGUGUGAGAAGAGCUUCUCUGAGCCUGAGGCCCUGGCCAAGCACCGCAAGUCUCACGUGGGUGACAAGCCCUACAAAUGUGAGGAUUGUGGGAAGAGCUUCAGCUGGACCUCCCACCUGGAGAGGCACCGACGGAUCCACACAGGGGAGAAACCUUACGAGUGCAAGGAGUGUGGCAAGGCAUUCAGUGUAGGGUCACACCUGGAGAGGCACCGUCGGAUCCACACGGGGGAGAAGCCGUACCAGUGCACUGAAUGUGGGAAAAGCUUCACCGUCAGCUCGACCUUGGUCCAGCACCAGAGGACUCACACGAAUGACAAGCCCUAUCAGUGUGAGGACUGCGGCAAAGGCUUUAACCUCAGUGCCAACCUCACAGCUCACCAGAGGAAACACCUGGGCCAAAAGCCAUAUGAGUGUCCCGACUGUGGGAAGAGUUUCAGCUUCACUUCUCACCUGGAGAGGCACCAGCGAAUCCACACAGGAGAGAGACCCUAUCAGUGCAAUGACUGUGGAAAGAGCUUUAGCCGUAGCUCCCAUCUGUACCGGCACCAGAGAAUCCACACUGGUGAGAAGCCACGGCAAUGCAUGGAUUGUGGCAAAAAUUUCUACCUCAGUGCAGCCGCCCUCCAGCACCUGCAGGCCUCCCCAAGUGGGGCAAGGGACCCCACAAAAUGUGCUGAAUGUAGCCGCAAACGGGUUGCUGCUCUGCCCCUGCCUCCACCGUCACCACCAGCUUGUAGCAAGAAACCCUAUAAAUGCCCCAACUGCGGAAAAGGUUUUGGCCAGAGCUCGUCACUGGUGAAGCAUCAGAGGAUCCACACAGGAGAAAGGCCUUAUCAGUGCCCAGAGUGUGGAAAGAAAUUCAGCUGGUGUUCAGCCCUCAUCAAGCACAAAAGGAUCCACACAGGUGAGAAGCCAUACAGCUGUAAUGAGUGUGGCAAAGCCUUCAGUGUCAGCUCACACUUGGAGAGGCACCAACGGGUGCAUUCUCCUGACCGCCCCCACAAGUGCACAGAAUGCGGGAAAACUUAUGGGGAGCUGGCAUCCCUGGUCAAGCACCAGAAAUCCCAUGUGGCUGAGAGCAAGCGCUAUCGGUGCCCCGACUGUGGAAAGAGUUUCAGCUGGAGCUCCCACUUGGAAAGGCACCAACGAAUCCACACAGGGGAGAAGCCCUACGCUUGCAGUGACUGUGGGAAAAGCUUUAGUGUUAGCUCCCACCUGGAUCGCCACCGGAGGAUCCAUACUGGGGAGAAGCCUUACCGCUGUAACGAGUGCGGCAAGAGCUUCAGUGUCAGCUCCACCCUCCUCCAGCACCAGCGGACCCAUUCAAGCGGGAAGCCUCACAAGUGCAAGGAAUGCGGGAAACGCUUUGUGGCCAGUGCUCAGCUGCUCACACACCAAAGGACCCACCGGGGUGAAAAACCUUAUGAAUGCACUGUAUGUGGGAAGAGUUUUGGCUUCGUCUCCCACCUGGAGAGGCACCAGAGGGUCCACACAGGAGAGAAACCCUAUCAGUGUCCUGAAUGCGGGAAAUGUUUCAGCCGCAGCUCCCAUCGCAACCGCCACCAGCGUACUCAUACUACUGACCGUACUCCAAAGGGAAGCAUGCGAGGAGCAACUGACGGAGGGAAAGGAGGGGAUUACUCCUCUUCCUCUCAAUCCAGGCUCCCCAAGGAAAUGGUUUCUGGUAUCCCCGAACCCCCGCUUUCUCUCAUGCCACCUUGGUGGAGUGAGGCAGACAGGAGUGGCAACCCUUCAGUUGCUUCCAUGUGGUCUGAGACACCAAGUCCUUUCCAUGCCCCCAUUAUGCCCAAUCCUGCCCCACCCGCGGGGUUAAGGGGAUGGGGCAUGAAGGGGUUCCUGCCUCCAGAGACAUGGAGAUUGGGAGAAAGCAGCUCCGGCUGGGUGUCCACACUCAUGCAAGAAGGGUGGCCACAGCCUCCCCCAACAUCCUAACUAAAUCAUCAGACUUGGCAGGGUGAGCUGGACUGGUCUCAGAAUGGAGACAGAGAACUAACCCAACCAUUCUGGAAAAGCACAUGGCACAGUUUGUUUGUGGGGUGAUGCCACUUCAGAACUGGGGCUGAGAGGUGGAAAAGAGACAUAACUGGGUGAACUGGGUGGGGUCAUUUGUCGUUCUGUGAUUCGCAUAAGAAGAAAGCUAGUGUGUGAUUCUGAAGAAACAGAGCUUUGGAAAC